AUGCAAGAGUUGAGUUGCCGUUCAGUGCUGUGUGAAUGUAGUAAAACUCGUUCUGUGUGGCCUGCGAGAAUGUAGGUUAACUCGUUCACCCAGUGGGAUGUAAACAGUGUUCUGUGGUGCUGUUUGUUGACAUUGAAGUUUAAAAAUGGCUUCCGGUCUCUGGUCAGAAAAAAUACUCCAACUCCUCCGCAGAAUGAAUAACUUCUAUUUACCAGGCUCCGGUCGGGCCAGCUGCUUCAGGUUUGAGAUAAACGGAGCUCAGGUUGGCUGGAUUCCUCCUCAAGUAGCUUCUGUGUUGUCACGGUACCCGCAGGUGUUCAGCCUACCACAGGGGGGCGCUGUGAGUCUCUGUCCCAGUCUGGACUCGUACCAGAGGAGAUCGGAGGCUGUGGAUGCUGUUCUACAAACGCUCAGACAGGAGGACUCUCUGACCUGCCUUAAAGGAUGGAGGGAUGAGCGGUACAGCGUGAUGCCCAGAUUCUCUGACCCUCCUCUGAUGUGGAUGGAAAGAGCCGCCACAAGUCUCUUUGGGGUGAAGCGGUAUGGAGUUCACAUAAACGGGUACACAGUGAGUGACACCGGGGAAGUCAGCAUUUGGCUGGCUCGACGCUCCAAGACUAAGCAGACGUAUCCUGGAUUGCUGGACAACAUGGCAGCAGGCGGUCUGGCUGCUGGUGUUGGCAUCAAACACACUCUGAUUAAAGAAUGUCAGGAGGAAGCAUGUGUCCCAGAAGACAUUGCUGUGAAGGCUCAUCCUGUAGCAACAGUAAGCUACACCUAUGAGGAUGAAGAAGGGGUGUUUCCAGAGAGCCAGUUUGUCUUUGAUUUGCAGCUUCCACCGGAGUUCAAGCCCAGAGUGGCCGAUGGAGAGGUGCAAGCGUUCUACCUGCUGCCGAUUGAGAGGGUGAAGGAACUGCUGGCCACUGACGACUUCAAACCCAACUCUGCCAUGGUGGUCUUAGACUUCCUCAUCAGACACUCCUUCGUUGAGCCUGACACAGAGCCAUGCUAUCAGGACUUUGUGGCAGGACUCCAUCAGACAUUAUAGCCCAAAGCUGAGGUCAGCGUGCACUUUGUGGCACCUCAGAGAUGCCAGAGCCAGGGUUGUUGACUCGCUGGUAACUCGAGGCUGGACAAGAGAGUUCAGAGGAACUGUUAACAUGAGGAUGUAAAGCUGAGUGAUAACAGGAGACGGUACUUAGAGAGUUGGCUUCAUCACAGCUGGGAACGUAGUCCAACAAAAACCACUUUAUCCUCCGUAUCAGUGAAGGUUCUAACAGUUUUCCAGCCUUACGUUUAGAAGAUGCUGCAGGAUAUCACACAAGUAACCACAUAGUCGCCACAUCUCACAUUCUGGUCCUCACUCCUUAUCAGUGGAUUAUAAAUACUCAGUACUCAAAUGUAAGAACUUGUACUCUGAAAUAAACAUAUCGGUGCAUCUCUAGUUUUUUACUUUUAUUUAUUACUUGCUCAGAAUGUCAAACACAGCUGCCUGGAAACAGCCAACAUCUUUUUCCACCUUUUGAGCUGAAUUACUUCCCUGAACAAAGUUUUUAACCUUUCCCAUCAUUUCCACUGGCAACUCUCUGGUUGGCACCAUGUUUUCUGUUAAUCAGCAGCUUUAACUGCAGAUAUUUUAAGGUAUGUUCGACAUUCAGCUGUUGAUUAGCUUCGUGUGGUAUCUGUGACUUCUUUACUUUUUUUCUUAAAUAAGAACACCUCAGGAACAUCCAGGAAAGCAGAUUCCAGACUUUCUGCCUGAGGAAUUUGGUAAAUGUCUGGAUAUCUGCAAGAAUUUCAAGCAUCUCAGCAGGCAGAAAGAAAAAAGCCUGUAAAGAGAGACACCACAGGACAGCUGGAGUUUUCUAGAUGUGAGAGAAAAGUAUGAUCUGGAUAAACAUGAGUUCUAUAAAAAAAACUGCAGCUUAGAAAGUACUUUAGGAAAAAGAUCAGGAGCAAGAAGUGAACGGU